UACAUACAGCUAGAUAAGUGGCAUCCACGCCGACGAGUGCAGGAGGAGAGGCAGAAUCAUCCACAUCGCUGAGUCAAACAGAGGAAAAAACCCAUUAGUUGGACACAGGAACUCAUUUUACAUCAUGGAGCAGAAACAAACCAUCAACUUCGGCGCCGGACCCGCAAAACUCCCCCAAUCCGUGCUGCUUCAGGCACAGAAGGAGCUCCUCGACUACAACGGCACUGGCAUCAGUGUUCUCGAGAUGAGUCACCGAUCAUCAGACUUCAACAAGAUCCUCAACAAAACAGAGAUUCUCCUGCGAGAGUUGCUAAACAUCCCAGAGAACUAUAAGGUGAUGUUUCUGCAGGGCGGCGGGUCUGGACAGUUCAGCGCUGUUCCCCUCAACCUGAUUGGCCUCAAAGAGGACGGGUGUGCCGAUUACCUUGUGACCGGCACAUGGUCGGCAAAAGCAGCAAAAGAAGCGGAGAAAUACGGCAAAGUCAACAUUGUCCACCCGAAGCUGGAUUGUUACACGAAAAUCCCAGACUCCAGCACCUGGACCCUGAACCCCUCAGCCUCCUACGUGUACUACUGCUGCAACGAGACAGUCCACGGCGUGGAAUACAACUUCAUACCUGAAACAAACGGGGUGGUCCUUGUCAGCGACAUGUCCUCCAACUUCCUGUCACGACCUGUGGAUGUGACGAAGUUUGGUCUGAUUUUUGCCGGGGCCCAGAAGAAUGUGGGCUGCGCCGGGGUAACUGUGGUCAUCGUGCGAGAGGACUUGAUAGGCCACACUCUGAAAGAGUGUCCCAUUGUCCUGGACUACAAGGUGCAGGCUGAAAUGAACUCCCUCUACAACACACCGCCAUGUUUCAGCAUCUACAUCAUGGGUCUGGUUCUGGAGUGGAUUAAGAACAACGGCGGCAGCGCUGCCAUGGAGACGCUCAACAAGCAGAAGUCCUCCAUGAUUUAUGACAUCAUCGAUGCUUCGAAUGGUUUCUAUGUGUGUCCCGUAGACGAGGGUUGUCGAAGCCGCAUGAAUGUACCAUUUCGUGUGGGGAAGAAAGAGGGAGAUGAAGCCUUGGAAAAGAAGUUUUUGGAGGGCGCAUCCAAGCGUGGAAUGAUAUCGCUGAAAGGACACAGGUCAGUUGGAGGGAUUCGUGCCUCUCUGUACAACGCUGUGACCCUGGAGGACGCUGAAGCCCUGGCUGCCUAUAUGAAAGAAUUCCAGAAAGAGCACCAAUAAGACCGGGUCACGCUUAAAGGCAGCUGAUGUCUCUCAGUGGCUUUCAUUACUUCAGUACGGUUUAAAAAGCCCUCUGGUAUACCUCUAGUUGAGAUCCAUGUUGGAUCUGGAAGGUGCACCUUUAGACACAUGUUUUGUAACACCCACUGUUCCUAGUAAGCUUUAACCACUACUGUUGCCAGUAAUGUCUUAAUUACAUCUGUAUUUCAUAGAAUUACUAUUUUAACGAACUUGUUGACUAACAGUGCUUUGAUGUACAUACUGUAGGCGAUUCUUGUUACUCGUUUAACAUAUUUACAUUCCAGUAAAUUUAACUUGGCAAUA